GGUUGUCAAAACGUUAACAGCUCGGUAGUGUCACUCCGUUAAAACAAAGCGAAAUAAAUAGUUAGAAGAAGAAGUUUCCACUAAAAACAAUCUCAAGUGAUAGACAAAGUGAUAAAAAGUGUUCAAAAUAAUAGUUUCGGUGCGAAAAGCCGAUUAUAAAAGCAUAUUUCGGGACAAAUAAGGAGCGGAUAUUUAGAGGUUACGAUUUAAGCAGAGACAAGCAGUGACAGUUAAGUUAACGUCCAACUGUCAUCAUAGUGUUGCCAGAGUGCAGAGUCAAUAUCCUACUAAAACUACGUUCCAUUCUACGCACAUCAAAAUAUGGAAGCGCAAUUUGAACUCUAUUUUGCAAAAAUGCAAAUAGAAAUGCAGAACCAAACCGAAUUAAUCACAAAUCGAAUAACUGAAAAAAUAGAUGAAAAACUAAAACCUUUUAUAGAAGAAAACGAAAAAUUAAAAAAGAAGGUGGACUUACUCGAGAAGAAAAUAGAAUUUAUGGAAAACGAAAAGAAAAACAAAAACAUAAUUAUACACGGGCUGAACGAAGGGGAGAAAUCUAUGAUAGAACUUAUCAAAAAGGUGCAAGAACAAUUCCUGACCGAACUCAACAUAUCCAUUGAAGCUUCUGACAUAAAUAAAAUGUACCGCAUUGGAAAGGAAAAAACUAGCGGAAAACCAAGACCUACUGUUCUGUCCUUUGUAAACGGAUGGAAAAAGGCAGAAGUACUAAGAAACAAGAACAAGUCUAAAGUUUUACAACUCGCAGAAGAUUACUCCAAAGCGGUUUUAGAAAAAAGGAAAGCAUUAAUACCUCAAUUAGUUGAAGAAAGGAACAAGGGAAAGGUGGCUUAUAUAAAAUACGACAAGUUAAUAAUCAAAGAUAACCCAGACAAGAGAGAAAACAGAAAAAGAGAGCUGUCUACUUCCCCUUCAAGCAACUCUCAACCGAAGAAACAACAGAAUGCUACCUCGUCAUCGUCACUACAUAAUAAAACGAAUGCCUUUGAUCUGAUGAGAGCCAGAUCUAACUCAAACUCCUAUGAAUAUGCGAGGCAGCGGUCAGCAAACGGACUGGAUGAAACAUCAUAGCAACUAAAGCAACAACAAA